GACAGUACAAUUACAACCUCAGAUAUUAAUAUACUAUCAACAGUAAAAAACACAUACGAAAAUACGAAAAAUGGGUCGCAGUAAGGUGUUAAGAAAGAAGCAAUCUAGCAAGAAGCGACGACAUACAAUUGAUCAAGAAAAUACAGACGAUUAUUAUAUGACACCCGAAGAAGUACGGCAAUCGGUUGAGCGGUGGUCAUUCCUUUGGCACUGUAGUGAUUCUGAUUCUGAUUCUAAUUCCGAAUCGGAGAGCAGUUCAACGUCAUCAUUGUUGCAACAUGAUCCAUCUCUGUAUGGAGACUGGCGUGUGCGGGGUGAAGAAUUCAAAUUAGAGACUACCGGCAAGGAAAUGCUGAUGAAUUUAAGCAAAUUUCCCUUUCCGGAGAUAAUCAAACCACCCGUUUUGCUGGAUACUAAGUUGCCCAAAACCCUGCGGGUUAAUCACUGGCCCUAUAUUACACACAAAAUUUUCGACUACGUAAUGCCGGACAUAUAUUUUCGGUCCAUGGAGUUCAUGAAGAAACCCGUAUGUGAGGGAGCCGUGGGUUAUGAUCCUUUGUACUAUGGCUCAUCAAUUUUGAUCAAACCUCUGUGCAAGUACAGUAAGCCACGCAAUUUUUCACCCACAUGGACCAAUACUAGCUUGGUGUCCUGGAUAGAUGGGCGUCGUUUUGCCAAGAUGGUGAAACGUAAUGACUCGCAGAUGGGUAAUGAGAAGCUACUUCGGUGGACUAAGGUUCGCCCGUUUUGGAGCAAUAAACUCCUGGCUGGACUUAGAAAGGACCCGGACGCUAAACUAAUUGUAAGGUGGAAGCGUCCCAGGACAAGAUUUUCUUUUAAUCCGGAAUCCGAUGCGAUGGACAAACAAUGGGAUAUGCCCGAGGAGGACCCGUUGCCAUCGGAUGAGUUUUACGUAGAAUAUGUAAUGAAUGAUGAUCCCGAAACACAACGAUCAUGGAACUCCUCGUUGUCUGACGAUUCUAUGCCGGGAAUAACUAAAUCCCAGUCUGAUCUCAAUCUCGAAUAUUUAAAGAUAAGGCCGAUAUUAAGACGUUGUCAUAGUUCGAGCAGUCUUUUUUAGUUAUUUUAAUUGAAACCUUAUUGUCUUUACAAGAAUUGUUUAAGCACGCCGCAAAGGGUCCAUUACCAAAAUUUAAAGUUCAUUCAAAAAAACGCCACUCUCAAGACCCCCUAUUCCGAUUUCACGCAAUUAAAAAGACCAGCAGUUAAACGAGGAAAAAGAGCGGCAAUUGUAACAGGCGGCAAGCUCAUCGAUCAGUUGAAAUUAAUAAAAUACUCAAUAAAUGCGCUCACAAAAACGUGUGCAAACAAUCG